CCGCGGCCCCCGCCGACUCCUGGCGCCUUGUGGCCUGCUCUCUCCCACAUGCUCCCUCACUUCGGAGACCGGCUCCAAAGUUGUACCAGCCGCCAUCUGGCGACUGUUAAUUUCAUUUUAUUGUUGUUGUUUUGAACGGCUGGUGCUACGGCUCUGUCACCCUAUCCACGCGUGUGGGGGUGACACUUCCUUCUCGUGUGGCGGGGCUGUGUGUGUUUGUCUGUCUGUGCGCGCCUCUCCCGGCGUGCGCCUGCCCGAAGGAAGAGAAACACCCCAGGGCCUCUGUGCCAAAGGGGGGGGAGGGGGCGGGGAAGAGGCGAGUUGUACGUUCGGUGAGUGCCAGGAGGGAGUGAGACGGAGGGAAGCGCUCGCAGGGCCCCUCCCUGGGGCCUGCCCGGGCUCGUUACACGCACGUAGUGCCCGGGGCAUGAGCGUGUCCCCGGCGCACCCGGUGUGCGGGCGGGCCUGGCCCGGCCGCUGUCUCCUCGGCGCGGCCCCGCUGCCCUUUACGCCGUUCUCCGGCCUCGCCCCCGCGCAGCCGUGACUCACCGGGGAGGCCGCGGCCGGGCCCGCCGCCCGGGCAGCCCCGGCACCACCCCCAGCUCUGCGCGCCAAGCGCGGGCGGCGCGGAGGGGGCAGGGCAGCCCUCGGCCUCCCUCGCAGGACGUGGGCCCGCAGUUAUUGGUGGCUCUUAGAGAGGAGUCGGGUCGGGCGAAGAGUGAGGAGGUGACAUUUUGCUUAGCAUAAUACACCGUAAAUCCCACGUUCCGGCGCGGUGACCAGCUCGCCGUGAAAUGAAGACUCCGAGGAUAAAACGUGCCUCCCCCCACAGCUGUCUCCAUAAAACCUGUUUGUUCUCGGUGGUUCCUUCCUAGACGCCGUCCUUCCUUGCGCUAAAACUAAAUCUUUUGAAGUUCAGAGGUUUCUCUGCCCACGAAGGGAAGCUGAAACUCCGGGAACUUUGGAGCAGACUGCAUGGCUGGCACGGGAGAGAGCAGUGCUCUCAGGUUCUUGUCAAGCAAGGAAAUCGUAGUAACACAUAGUUUGCCAUGUUCGCCGUGGGAGCCUAAAGAUAUUAAGCAGCACGAAGUUGGCUUGAGAACAAUGCUGUGAGGUCUGUUAAAGCGGUGUGUGUGACUGUGCGUAUGUGUGACAUGUAUGUGUCCAUAUGUAACACACAAAUAUAGGGUGAAGAAGGGAUAAGGAGGAAGAACAGGGAUUCUUACAGGAGCUGACGAGAAAGCUGCUGUGACACUUUAAUUCGACGCUGACAUCCCCCACUAGGAUUUCUGAGACCAAAAUUCCCUCCAAACCUCAGAAGUCUUAAGACACUGUGUUGCUGCAUCCACUAAUGACUGAAACAGUGAUGGUGUGCAACAGCCAUCCGUCUGGAGUUAAAUUCCUUUCUGUGGAAGAGGUCCAAAGACUUGAGAUACAAGUAGCAAGUGUUCUACCUGGGUGAUACAAGGCAGAGCGACAUCCUUGUUUCUCAACUCCCCUCCCUCCCACACAUGCACUUGCAGUCUUUCCCAUCCCACUCGCCCGCCUGCCCUCCUGUAAAUUUUUAGAAUUUAUUCUUUUUUUUUUUUUUUUUAACAGCUUCCAGUGUAACUCUUCCCUUCUUCCUCUUCUCCCUCCUUUUGCUGACUGGGGUCCCUGGGUGCUCGUGGGACAUGCACAGUCAUGGUAAAAGGGCUUCUACCGCACUAAAGGCAGGAGCUGGUCCACAGAUUCAGGCAGGCAGUUGCUGGGCUUUAACACAUCAGCCUGUUACACACGUGUUCCUCUACUGGUACACAGGCGUGUGUUGGGAUGAAGGGGAGGAAGAGAUUUGUCGGCAUCAAUGCAUCUGAUAUAAACUACUCAGCUGGUCGAUAUGACGCCUCAGUUAAACCCCCCUUUGAUAUAGGCUUUGAAGGUGUCGGUGAAGUGGUAGCGUUAGGACUCAGUGCUAGUGCAGAUUACACGGUGGGUCAAGCUGUGGCCUACGUGAAAGCAGGUUCCUUUGCUGAAUACACAGUUGUGCCAGCCAGACAAGCAGUCCCUCUACCCUCAGUGAAACCUGAGUUUCUCACUUUAAUGGUAAGUGGCGCAACUGCAUACCUCAGUUUGAAAGAGCUGGGAGACCUGUCUGAAGGCAAGAAGGUUCUGGUGACAGCAGCAGCUGGAGGAACAGGCCAGUUCGCUGUGCAGCUUGCAAAAAAGGCAAAAUGCCAUGUAAUUGGAACCUGCUCCAGUGAUGAAAAGGGUGGCUUUCUGAAAUCCAUUGGCUGUGACCAUACCAUCAACUAUAAAACUGAAAAUGUCGAAUCUGUGCUUAGGAAGGACUACCCCGAAGGUGUGGAUGUGGUGUAUGAAUCUGUUGGAGGAAAGAUGUUUGACUUGGCUCUCAAUGCCUUGGCUAUCAAAGGGCGCCUGAUAGUUAUUGGGUUUAUCGCUGGCUACCAAAACCCCACUGGCCUCCCGCCUAUUAAAACAGAGUUAUUGCCAGCAAAACUAUUGAAGAAGUCUGCUAGUGUCCAGGGUUUCUUCUUGAACCAUUACCUUUCUGACUACAAAAUGGCUCUGCAGCAUUUGCUCAAGAUGUAUGAAAGAGGAGACCUGGUUUGUGAGGUGGACUUUGGAGACAUGUCUCCUGAGGGCAAGUUCACUGGCCUGGAAUCUGUAUUCCGUGCUGUAGAUUACAUGUACAUGGGAAAAAACAUUGGAAAAAUUGUAGUUGAAUUACCUCACUCUGUCAACAGUAAGCUGUAAAAACAGAACAAUGAUAUAAAUCAGAAGAGAGAAAAUGGGCACUUUAUGUCUCAGAUUUACUAGAAACAAUUUCUUUUUUAAGCUUAGUAGUGGAUAUUAUAUUAAAAAACAGCAUUAAAGUGUUAAUAAAAAGGGAUGAGUUUGUUGGGGGAUUUGUUUGUUUUUAUUUUCAUAAAAGUGUUUAAAUCAGUGGCUGUAGCAGGGACAUAAUGGGCCUGUGUUUGAUACUGUCACUUAGGUUAGCAUGAGACAAGAACAUUGUUCUUGACAGAAUAACUCUUGAUGCAGAGGCAGAUUUAGUCUGUCAGCCUGAUUUGAUAAGACUUCAUCUGUAGUUCAGCUCAGAAAAAAAAAUCUUUCAGCAAUUUUGAUUCUCUGAUUUAAAAAUAAAAUUGUUAGAACAAGCAUAAGUAAAGAGUUGUAUCUUUGGGUUGCUCUAUUAAUCUUUUGAAGUUCUUGGGAAAAAAAUGCUCUUGAUUUUCUGUCACAAACAUGAUAAUCAUAAUUCAGUUGCAUCAUGGAUCAUAGUAAUAUUCCUUGACUGGUUACACAGGGAAAUUUAUCCUCCAAUUCUGACAUGUCAGUAAUAUUAAGCAACUUGAUUUUUUUUUAAUCCUGUCUUUCAUAACUAUAAACAACUGCGCAAUUUUCUGUUAAAUCUUUAACUACAAGUUGCAAUAUAGUCUCAUUUUGUUGCCUUUUCAUUUUCCACUGUUACUGUUUAUUGUCCAGUCUCCCCUUUAGUCAGUAUUUAAAGAUUAUUGGAAUGGGAUUUGGAGCCAUGUUCAUGUGUGUUCACACCCUGUAUAUUUUUUGAAGAUUAAAUAAAGUUUUAAAAGCUAUUUAAA